GCCUGGGGAAUCGUAGGGAAGAGGAAGCCAGCCGGGUCUCUGUCUGCCUGCUCCAACUUCCUGCUCAGAAAAAGAAGCCAGGAUCCUAUUUCAGUCCGGCAGAACCGUGUAGCCUAGCUAGACGGCAGUCAGUCAGCAUGGAAAAACAAGGGGUCAUACCAAUUUCAUCAUAAACGUUUUCAAGGAGAGGAAGGAACGGCAAACGAGAUCGCAGGUAUGGACAGUGCCAUCACGUUGUGGCAGUUCCUGUUGCAGCUGUUGUUGGACCAGAGUCAUAAGCAUCUGAUCUGCUGGACGUCCACUGACGGGGAGUUCAAACUGCUCAAGUCUGAGGAGGUGGCCAAGCUAUGGGGGCUCCGCAAGAACAAGACUAAUAUGAACUACGACAAGCUGAGCAGAGCUCUGAGAUACUACUAUGACAAGAACAUCAUCAAGAAGGUGAUCGGCCAGAAGUUUGUCUACAAGUUUGUCUCGUUCCCGGAGAUCUUAAAGAUGGACCCAGCAGCUGUAGAGAUGGGCUUGACGUCCGGCCGGGUGACACUCCACGAGAACCAGGACAUCCAGGACCUGGACGUAGAGGAGGAGGAGGAGGAGGAGGAGCAGGAGGCGCAGCAGCAGAGGAGGGCCCUGGGGGCAGCGUUGGGGGCGGCUGUGGCGGCCCAGCAGGCUGUGUGUCAUAACAACUACCUCCGCUCUGGCCUCUACUCCUCCUUCAGCAUCAGCUCCCUCCAUCCACCUCCAGAGGAGCUGCUCCGGGCCCUGAGGGAGAGACAGCAGGACUCCCCCCGCUCCGGAGUCAUCCGCUUUGGGACGGGUACCACCGACAGGACUCCAUCCUCACCGUCCCUCAUCAAGCCUGAGCCUUCAUCACAAUCCUUCAGCACCCACAGGCCAUUAAAACCCUCCCCUCUCCACCAUCACACCCACCACCAGCGCCACUCUCCGUCCUCCUCCCCCCACAGCCAUAACCCCCAGCCAGGGCCAGGCCGAGGAGGCUGGAGCCCAGAGGCUGAAGAGGAGGAGUGGGGGGAGGACUCUGACCAGGGAGCCCAGCCUCUGAACCUCUCUUCUGGGCACAGAGAGAGAGAGCGGGCCCUGCAGCCUCCGGAGAAGAGGACCAGUGGUGGUAGUAGGGUUAGUGGUAGUAGUCAUGGAGACAGUUGUCAUGGACUCCCACCCAAAACCAAGAAGCCCAAAGCCCUAGAGAUCUCCGCCCCCUCCCUGCUCCUGACAGGAAGUGAUAUCGGCUCGAUAGCCCUCAAUAGCCCCGCCCUGCCGUCUGGAUCCCUCACCCCCGCCUUCUUCACUGCACAGACUCCAUCUGGCCUGCUGCUGGCCCAUAGCCCUCUGUUAUCAGGCAUUCACUUCUGGAGCAGCCUGAGUUCCGUAGCCCCUCUAAGCCCGGCCCGGCUUCCAGGACACGGUUCACCGUUUCAGUUCCCCAGCCUAAUGAAUGGACACCUCCCCCUGCCAAACCUGGAUGGGUCCCCCUCACCCCUGCUCCUGUCCCCUGCCAAUCACAAGUCCUGAUUCAGGCUCUCAAAACCCAAACCAGCCCGUUGGUUCUACUUCCACCAUCUUCAUCAAGCAUCUCUUCAUUAGGACUUCCUAUCAACCUUCAAAACCCACCCCACCCCACCCCAAUCCAUCUCUAUAAGUAUGAUUGUUUUUGUGAUUUUCAUUACAGAAUGUGAGACGUUGUUUUCAUUGUAUGAUAUUGAAUUGUAUUGUAGCACCGGCUGUGCCUUUUGAAAAUGCAAGACUAUUGCCAUGUUCCCCCCCCCCCCAAAAACACAAAAAACCAAAAUCCAUGAAGACGAGAUUCCAAAAUCAAUGAAAAAGCUUUGUAACACUUUGUAAUGUUGUUUGUUUUAUACUGGAGCUGACCUAUACAGUAUAUAUUCUGUAUAAUGUUAUAUUGGUGAAAAGUCUUGUUUUGAAUAAAACUGAAGCAUUAAAUGCUGUAA